AGGCGGCUGCUCCUCUCCGCCGCGGCUCGCCCCCUCUGCCUCAGUAACGAUGCUGUCCUAGCGAGGGAUGAUGACAGGGAGAGGAGAGGGGCAGAGCCGCCGCUGGGAGCCCUGUCUCUUGCUCGCCUCCCCGGUACUUCCCGGCUCCCGCUGCCGGGCUGCGCAUCGCGCCGCCUUCCUGACGGGCGGCAGGAGGAGAGAGCGGAGGGGCGGCGGUGGUUUUAUGGUUAGGGUUUUGUCCUCUCCAGGUGCUCUGUCCCCCGCCGGACAGGGCUUUCCUCCUCUUCCUGCCCCCUUCCCCGCCAUACACGCUACCGGACGAGGCCGGCCGAGAGCGCGAGCAGCCGCCGCCGCCUGAGGGGACCCUGACCAUGUCGAGCAAGAGCAGGAAGAGCAAGGAGCAGGGGAGAGUCACCUUCCCCCCGCAGCAGGAGGAGGAGGAGGGGGCAGAGGAAGAGGAGCAGCAGCACCGGCGUCGAGGCUGGAGAGGCGUCAAUGGGGGGCCGGAGCCCCCUCCGCCACCUCAAAGAGCCGUUAAAACCCUCCGAGAGCCCUACGGCUACUACCCGCCGCCCCCAUUUGCCAGCACUAUGUACAUUGAAGAAAGUCCAUCUCUGAGACGUAUGACCAUGAUGAGGGAAAAGGGAAGGCGACAGGCCAUUAGAGGCCCAGCGUUCAUGUUCAACAACAGGGGCACCAGCCUUACGGCUGAAGAAGAACGCUUUCUAGAUGCAGCAGAGUAUGGGAACAUACCUGUGGUGCGCAAAAUGCUGGAGGAGUCAAAAACACUGAAUGUCAACUGUGUUGACUACAUGGGCCAAAACGCCUUGCAGCUUGCUGUAGGGAAUGAACAUUUGGAAGUGACAGAACUUCUGUUAAAAAAAGAGAACUUGGCACGGAUUGGAGAUGCCCUGCUGCUCGCAAUCAGCAAGGGCUACAUUAGGAUAGUGGAAGCAAUUUUGAAUCAUCCUGGGUUUUCAGUAAAUAAGCGACUGACCCUGAGCCCUUGUGAGCAGGAGCUCCAGGAUGAUGAUUUUUAUUCCUAUGAUGAAGACGGUACCCGCUUUUCUCCAGAUAUCACUCCUAUAAUUUUAGCUGCGCACUGCCAAAAAUACGAAGUCGUGCACAUGCUAUUGAUGAAAGGAGCAAGGAUAGAAAGACCUCAUGAUUAUUUCUGCAAAUGUAAUGACUGUACAGAGAAGCAAAAACACGAUUCUUUCAGUCACUCUAGGUCAAGAAUAAAUGCAUACAAAGGACUGGCUAGUCCAGCUUAUCUGUCCCUCUCCAGUGAAGAUCCGGUACUCACUGCUCUAGAACUCAGCAACGAACUUGCCAAGUUGGCCAACAUUGAAAAAGAAUUCAAGAAUGACUAUCGCAAGCUGUCUAUGCAAUGCAAGGAUUUUGUGGUUGGUGUUCUUGAUCUCUGCCGAGACUCAGAAGAAGUGGAAGCCAUUCUGAAUGGGGAUUUAAACUCGGAGCCAGUUGAAGCACAGAGACACAGAGCAUCACUGAGCCGUGUAAAGCUGGCAAUUAAGUAUGAAGUCAAAAAGUUUGUGGCCCAUCCAAACUGUCAGCAACAGCUACUGACUAUCUGGUAUGAAAAUCUCUCAGGAUUACGGGAGCAGACCAUAGCUAUCAAGUGUCUGGUUGUGCUGGUUGUGGCAUUGGGCCUUCCAUUUCUAGCCAUUGGUUAUUGGAUUGCACCAUGUAGCAGGCUUGGAAGAAUCCUUCGAAGCCCAUUUAUGAAAUUUGUGGCACAUGCAGCGUCCUUCAUUAUUUUCCUAGGCUUGCUGGUGUUCAAUGCUUCAGAUAGAUUUGAAGGUAUAACAACGCUACCGAAUGUCACCGUUACCGAUUACCCUAAGCAGAUCUUUAGGGUGAAGACCACCCAGUUCACCUGGACAGAAAUGCUGAUCAUGGUAUGGGUACUUGGUAUGAUGUGGUCAGAAUGCAAAGAGCUGUGGUUGGAAGGACCCAGGGAAUAUAUUUUGCAGUUAUGGAAUGUUUUGGAUUUUGGGAUGCUGUCCAUUUUCAUUGCCGCUUUCACAGCAAGGCUUCUGGCAUUCCUGCAGGCCACAAAAGCACAACAAUAUGUGGACAACUAUAUUGAGGAGAAUGACCUCUCUGAGGUCACACUUCCUCCAGAAAUAGAAUAUUUUACUUAUGCUAGAGAUAAAUGGCUCCCAUCUGAUCCUCAGAUAAUAUCUGAAGGCCUUUAUGCAAUUGCUGUCGUUCUUAGCUUUUCUCGGAUCGCAUAUAUCCUGCCUGCAAAUGAGAGUUUUGGGCCCUUGCAGAUUUCACUUGGAAGGACUGUAAAGGACAUCUUCAAGUUUAUGGUCCUUUUUAUUAUGGUAUUUCUUGCAUUUAUGAUUGGAAUGUUCAUACUAUAUUCCUACUACCUUGGAGCCAAACUAAACCCAGCCUUUACAACAGUGGAAGAAAGUUUCAAGACCUUAUUUUGGUCAAUAUUUGGCUUGUCUGAAGUAACCUCUGUUGUCCUCAAAUAUGAUCAUAAGUUCAUUGAGAACAUUGGUUAUGUUCUUUAUGGCAUAUACAAUGUGACGAUGGUGGUAGUUCUGCUCAACAUGCUGAUUGCUAUGAUCAACAGUUCAUAUCAAGAAAUUGAGGAUGACAGUGAUGUAGAGUGGAAAUUUGCUCGUUCUAAACUUUGGUUGUCAUAUUUUGAUGAUGGAAAAACAUUACCUCCGCCGUUCAGUCUUGUACCAAGCCCCAAAUCUUUUUUCUAUUUCAUCAUGAGGAUCAUUAACUUUUCUAAGUGCAGGAGGAGACGGCUACAGAAGGACAUUGAAAUGGGAAUGGGCAAUUCCAAAUCUAGGUUAAACCUUUUCACUCAGUCAAACUCCAGAGUUUUUGAAUCGCACAGUUUUAACAGCAUUCUCAAUCAGCCAACACGCUAUCAGCAAAUAAUGAAAAGACUGAUAAAACGUUAUGUUCUGAAAGCACAAGUGGACAAAGAAAAUGAUGAAGUAAAUGAAGGUGAAUUAAAGGAAAUCAAACAGGAUAUCUCCAGUCUUCGCUACGAACUUUUGGAGGAUAAGUCCCAAGCAACAGAAGAGUUAGCAAUUUUAAUACAUAAACUCAGUGAGAAACUGAAUCCUAACAUGUUGAGAUGUGAAUGAUUCAAGAAAGGAACCAUGGCUUCGACUACAGCACAACUAUUUAUUGGCAAUAAUAUUUCAGUAUCUUAUACUUGAACAAUGUAUUGUAGAUUUUUAGCACUAAAUAACUUUAUGUACAGCUUCUCUGGAAUUUAGUCUUAGGAAAUUUUAUUAACUCAACACAAAAAGAUUGCUCUCCAUUUUAAUUGUCUUAAAAGCAAGAACUAUCAUAAUUUUUUUGCAUUUAUGCACUAAAAAAGUAAAUGGUAUCAAUUGCUGGUAUUUUAACAGGUUUAUGAAUACACAUUGAGAAUUCUUUGCACUAAGUUUGCAAGAAAAAAAAAGCAGAUACAGUUCCUUGCAGCAGCUGGGUAUGAAUAGGAUUUUUCAUAAUACCAUAAAUCAACUUAGAGAUCUGUGGAGGAUUACUUGAAAUCUUUGUUCUUUAUUAGUGAUGCUAGUAAUGUGUAUAAGCUGAGAACUCAUGGUACGAUUACAAGGAAUUAAUGAAAAUCAGGUAAGUGUGAAUGUAAUUGUAGUAGCACUGUUUAACACACAUGUAUGUACCUGUACCCACAACUACCCUUUCUUAAUUCAGCAUAUUUACUUUCAAGAGGAAGGACCAGAACUUUUUUUUAAAAACCAACUUUGGAAGGUAACGUGAACUCAGUCCAAAGCUACUCUUUAUGUGCUAGAAAUGAUUUUUUUAAAAUUCAGACUCUGUGCAGGGCUGGUAUUUUGUUACACUGUUCUAAAUAAUGUCUCCGAUGCUUCAUUGUUAAAUAAAACAUUCCUACUUUACUGAUACUCCAUGGCGUCCCGCUAGUUUGGCACCAUAGUCCGGAUUUUCCAGUGGGACCCGGUACCAGACAGCCCAGCUAGGCACCGCUAGGCCUGGGCCAGCCGCCUUUU